AUGAAAGUGCUGAUCUUUGCCGCAUUGUUCGCCGUUGCCGUGGUUGCUGAUCAGUGCUCCCAAGACUGCCAACACAAUGAGGAUUGCCCGAUUCUCCAGUACUGCUCCGGGGUCAAAUGUCGCACUUGCGAGAAGCUUCUGAAAGACAAUCGCUGCGGAAAAGACACGGACUGUGGCGUGAAAAAAGUUUGCGUCAACGGACCGUACAAGGAGGAGCAGAAGAAAUAUGGACUUGGUGUUUGUGUGCCGAAA